GCGGCCGGAGGACCGCCGGUGCACGCGCACGGGCAGAGGAGCCCUGCGCGUCUCCCAUUGGUCGCGAGCGGGACGCGGAGAGUGCACGAGAGCGGGGGGGAAACAACUUUCGGAGUGCACGCACGGCCCAGGGAGGACUUGAGGGUGCGAGCUGGCCGCCGGACAAGUAGUUUCCCGCUGAGACGACACCGAGCAGCAGCAGCAGCAGCAGCAGCAGCAGCGAGGAGCAGAAGCGAGGAGAGAGGCAGGAAGACCGGGAAGGAAUGAGUGGCAGUCCGUCGGCUCAGUGAGGACCAGGUGACAGAACAACAAGUGGUCCCCGAGUUGCGCGUGUUGUCCUGCGCCUCGAGUCGCGGCUAAUUGGUUAAUUUGGAUCACCCGGCGCUGAAAGGGAAACCCCCCCCCCCGGGCCACACGUCGCCAGGCGGACGGCGACAGAAGGCUGCUGCGAGGUCCAAGUAGUUUGUCCCUUCUUUCUUCUGGUUUCCUCCGACUCGCCCCGUCGCGUCUCCGCACCUGCCGCCGACAUGUACAGCAUGAUGGAACACGAGCUGAAGCCCACCGGCCAGCCGCCGCCUCACCAGACCUCCCAGGGCAUGUCGCCGGUCACCGGCAACAUGACCGGCGGCAUGGGCGGCAACGGCAACUCGCACCCGGGCUCCAAGACGGCGUGCGCGCCCGGGGGCGACCCCAUGGAUAAAGUCAAGCGGCCCAUGAACGCGUUCAUGGUCUGGUCCCGCGGCCAGAGGCGCAAGAUGGCCCAGGAGAACCCCAAAAUGCACAACUCCGAGAUCAGUAAGCGGCUGGGGGCCGAGUGGAAGCUCCUCACCGACGCCGAGAAGCGGCCCUUCAUCGACGAGGCCAAGCGGCUCCGGGCGGUGCACAUGAAGGAGUACCCCGACUACAAGUACAAGCCGCGCCGCAAGACGAAGCCGCUGCUGAAGAAGGACGCGCAGGUGGGCAAGUACCCGCUGUCGGCGGGCAACCUGCUGGCGGCGGCGGCGGCGCAGGGCCAGGGGGGGAGUCCGAGGAUGGAGAGCUACGGCUGGGGCCCGGCCGGGGGCUACGCGGGCAUGCAGGGCGAGGCGCUCGGCUACACGCAGCAGCUGCACCGGUACGACCUGUCCGCCCUGCAGUACCCACCGGCCAUGACGGCGGCGCAGACGUACAUGAACGGAGCCAACUCGUACAGCCCCAUGUCAUACAGCAGCAGUCCCCAGCAGCCGAGCCCCGUCAUGUCCAUGGUGAAAGCAGAACCGGUGUCACACUCGCCUCCGACAGGGACCCCUAACCACCACAGAGGGCCUCUGCAGGGGGACCUACGGGACAUGAUCAGCAUGUACAUUCCUGGACCGGGAGGGGAUGCCGGUGACCCCACGACAGCACAGAGGGGCUACACCAGUGUCCAGCAGCACUACCUCACUGGAACUGUCCCGCUCACACACAUCUAGGACUGAGAGUGGGAGUUGUGGGGGUGGGGGUCGAACUGAGGGAGAGAAGCAGAAAUGCCCAUGAUGCACAGGUCAGGAGCUGGAGUCAAAGAGACCAAGGAUGAAAAAUGUGAAGGGAGAAACUUUUUUUCCCUGCAAUGAGUAGUCCCACUGUUCCAGAUGUGACACGCGUACAAGCGAUGACUAAAUAUUUGUAUUACUGAAAAUCUGUUCUUCUACCUCUUUGGAGCCACAUCAGUUCAAAUAAAUGCCACACACACACACCACCACACGUACUGAGCGGAGACUCCUCCCUCCCUGCCCCCUCCCCCCUCCACCAGACUUCUUCUCCAUGCAGGGAAGACUAGUUUGUGUACAUAUUACAAAAUGUUUGUCGUUUUAUGUUUUUUAGAACUUAUCCAUAAGGAGUCACUUGUCACACUGGCACUCUUCACCAUACUCAGUCAGUGCCGGGGGACUGCAGUGUGAGCAGAACAGCCGGGUGCAGGUGGGAACGCGGGAAGGAAAAUGCACACUUUAACAACCGAGCGGUUUGUGCCUUGCCUUUUGAUUUAGUACUAUGGUAUUUUUAUAUUUUAACUGACGAAUUCCUAUUGGACAAGAUGGAAAACACAUUGUGGACAAUCAGCACUGCAUCCAGAGGAAAUACAUGGAACACAAUGGCAUCUGUAACCUGUGGUGUUGCUUCUGAUGAGGAACUGGCCUGGUUCUCAUGUCCCCAGAUCGCACCAGACCAUGAGAAGGUCUGUGACACUUGUUGCUGCCUGUAUGAGUUUUAUUUGUUAUAAUUUAGUUUUUAGAUUUGUGCUUUUGAUAUAAAUGUUCAGAUGCAUUAUUCUGGCAGCAUCCUGAGUGUAUUCAUUGUCACUUUGCUCUAGGCAGGAGUUGUAUUGUUUUUAGAUUUCUUAUUAAGUGAAUUAAAUAUAAUAUGAAAUGCUACAUUUCAGUUGUUUGUUCCAAAUAGCAGAUUAAGACUUGCAAGUUAUAUCUUUCUAGUACACUGGAACGACAAAGGGCAUUCUAGGCAUGGUUGUUGUUUGUUUUUUAAUGACCUGUCAUUUUUUUCUAAUUGUUUUAUGACCAGUAAAGGGAAUGUAUAAAAGUAAGUUUCAGACUAAAUCUCCAGCAAACCUUACAACUAGUUUUAAACUUUUUUUUUUUUUUUUUUUUUGAUUCAGCAGUGGGUUAUGUCAUUCUAUAAAAUAAUACAACUUUAAAAUCCUGGUUCUCAAACUGACAGCACUGUCGACCUGCUGUCUGCUUACUAGUGCUGCUAUGGACCUAAAGGAUACUUUUAUUUUACAACAACAACAGCUGGGUAUUGAAUGUGGCUGAGGAUUCACAGUAAUACUCACUAAACCUGCACUGGAAACCAAUGCCUGAGUUAUUUUUGGAAAAAGGGAGCGUAACGCAUAAAUGUUUACAUUGGUACCCAAGUAUUUUGAGAACUUAACGUGUAUACUGACUUUAGAAUGAAUUAUCUUGUAUGUAAAUGCUGCCAUGUGCUAGAGAUACUGUAUGUAGCAUUCAUGUAAAUAAUGUAUACACAUUUUUAGGCUCUUAUACUAAGAGUCUUGAUUCCUUUUCAAUUAAAAAAUUCUUUGUUAUGGCAUUCAUGACAAUAUUAAUAAAAAGUACAAAUCAA